GUUCCAUCUAGGGUUGCAAUAGUUUUUACUACACAAUUUAUUACAAUGUGUAAGGCAACAUGAGACUGAUCGGCUCAUUGCCGCCACUUUGACGGCCACCUGAGGAUUUCAUUAGGAUGGAGGAUCUUUGCCAGGUGCUAAGCAGUCUCGUAUCAGAUCGUGUAAGGCAUUUUGAGCUGGUAAAGAUAACUAGCAAUGCUUUACAGGGUAAAGCAUAUGUAAUAGUUGCUGAUGGAGGCUUACAUCUUGUUACGUGCUCGCUUAGCAGCGUCCUAAAAGGUGGAAGUUUUCGUUACGAAACUAUCGACAGUGUUAAGCAGUACAAUAAUGUUAUUAAACUCCGGAUGUCACAUCAAUGUGAUUCUUUUGUAAAGACCUUGGAUUUAGUAACGCCGUGCAAGACCCAGCUCUUUGCUAAAAUAAGGGAAGCUCGGUCAUCUUACCAUAUGUUCGCAACAGCUAAAGAACCAGAAAGUUCGUCUGAUGAUCAUUCAGCGUCACCUGAGCCAACGUUACUACCAUUCAAGGGAUAUAAAAAAGUGACUCUGAAUGGCUAUUUCUUAUUUGUCCGUAAUACCUUUGACAACACAACAUUUACAAGUGGGAACUUAAUUCGAUUGCAAGACAGCGAAAGGGGCAUUUGUCUCAAUGUUAAUUUACGCGAGCCAGUAUAUUUGAAUCUGCAUGAUUUGGCCAAACCCCAAGACCUUUAUAGAUAUGCCCGUGGCAUUUUGAACGAAUUGGGUGUCACAGAAAUCUUAUAUGACGGGGUUUAUAACAAACGUAUGAACCUUAACAAUGAUUUGGCAAUUUGGUCGUGUUACCACAUGUUGCUUCGUACAGAAUCGAGUAUCGUGGCAUUUUACAUAUUUAGACGACUAUAUCUGCCACCUAUGUUUGACAAGUGUCAGGAUAUACUUAUUAGGUUUUCAGUCUCCUUAAACAGUAUUGGGGAGUUGGACAUGGCAAGAGUUUACAACGAGAUAUCUACAACUGCCAACUCUAUCACUGCUAUUGAUCAGUAUAAUAUGUGGUACAAGGAGCUUAUGCAAGUGCGAUUGGACAACUUACGUUUCGAACAUCCCAUGUAUGCAUUUCUAAUGAGAAAAGGCGGUAUAGUACCCAGUUACCAUAAGCUGAUUAAAGGUUUUGUACUGUCAGUCAUAAGACUGCUUCCAAAUGAUACUGUCGACUCUCAUGUUAUUCAUCGUUUAACUGACUCUAUGGUACUAGCCAGUGAUGAUCCCAUGGAUUAUAUUUACAAUGUAAAAGGUCUUAUGUUUGGCAUAGGGACAUCUGAGGAGUCUCGUGAUCGCAAGGAAUUGAUCAACCGAUUUGACAUGCGUCUUUCGGACUAUAUCGCUAUUUGUAUGGAUGAACUGUUGAUGGAUACCCAUUUAUCUUUGGCAGUUUUGACCCAGUAUCUCAAUUUGAUGGAUGAUGAUUCAUAUAAGAAGAAAUUGCGAGAGGUAACGGCAUAUCUUUUGCAUUUCAGGUCUACGGACUUCUCCAAGGACUAUUCACCUAUGAUGCUGGACGAUAUGAUAGAUGCUUAUCGUACCGAACAUGGUGGAUACAAUUGGUGUGAUGUUACGUUCAACCAUUAUGCAACAUCGCGAAUGGUUGAGCAAGGGUUCUUCAUUCACCAAUAUGUUGAUGAUCUUCGUAACCAACAGGGUUAUUGGAAUCCGUAUUUGCAUUUCGUUAGUGAUUUGCUUGAGAGGUAUGACGAUUAUACCAUUAUGGAACGCAUUUUGAAGAAGUUCUUGGACAUUCCGCAGCCUAUUGACGCAUCUUAUUUACCGCUUUUAAAAUGUAUGAUUGUUAUGCUGCGGAGGUAUAAAACUAAUUACAAGAUUGUUGUGAUUGUGACAUCCAUUCUUACCAACUUCAGUUACAAUUCAUCUAUUUUCAAGGAUGAAAUGAUAAAGCAUGAUAUUGCCACUAUUAUAAUAGACAAUAUGCUGUCCAAUGAGGAACAAAUUGUUUUAUCAACGCUUAAGCUAAUGGUCAACCUAACCAAGACAUCCGAGCAUCAAAAGGCAUUUAUAGGUCAAGGUGUUGUAUGCAAUAUCAUACUACUUCUUGAGAAACAUCAUGCAAGAAACAGUGAGAUUAUGGGUUAUACUGCUGGUGUUUUGGGCCAACUAUGCAAUUCAGGUUUCAUGAAGAUAGCACCAAAACAGCUUGAAUAUGCCAUUGAUGCGCUUCUAUUCGCUUACCACGUUGGGGCGGCGGAUACAAGAUAUUUGAACAUGGUUAUUUUCUGUUUGAGGAAAAUUAAAAAAAAUGGUACUAUGUACAUAAAGAUUGGGCAACAUAUGCUUCGUUCUUUAGCUGUGGAUCUAAAGGUGUACAACGAUGAAGAUUUCUCGGUUAAUGUCCUGGAACUAUUGUUGGAUCUAACUAGUAGGGUUCAGAACUGCAUUGCCAUGCGUCAAUUGUCCAUCCUAGAAGCGAUUGAGGAGAUACCUCUCAAUGACACUUUGGUGCAACUUGUCAAUAAAGUAAAAGAAAAGGUCGUACGAAGAACGCGCUGCUUACAGUUUGGAGCAGCAUCAGAAUAAAAUC